CGACACUUUUGGGGAGUAAACAUUGUAUUUGGCGCGAAUAUUUGGGGCAGAUAGCCGUGUGUCGCAUACUGUGUUAACGUUAGAUAGUGUGUCCUAGAUACACAACCGACACAACCUCCUGCUGGUGCUUAUAACAGACUGUAACCACAGUUACUCACAAGUUUAGCCGGUCGCAUUGACGUUGUACAAGUCUGGAUUUAUAGCCUAAUAUUCACAUAACAGGGUUUUGUGUUGACUGUGUCAGUGUGGCACGAUGGAGGUGGAGUGUGUGCCAGUGGACGCCGACAGGCGUCUGACCCAGCUGAGGUUCGAUGCCGCCGUCAAGGUGAUCAAGAGUUUGCCCGCGGAUGGUCCCUUUCAGCCGUCCAAUGACAUGAUGCUCAAGUUCUACAGUUACUAUAAACAAGCCACCGUGGGAGCGUGCAAUAUACCCCGACCUGGCUUCUGGGACGCAGUCGGGAAAGCAAAAUGGGAUGCAUGGAAUUCUCUUGGAGAUAUGCCAAAAGAAGAAGCAAUGGCUGCCUAUGUUGAUGAAAUGAAGCUGAUCCUGGAGGGUAUGCCCAUGACGGACGAGGUGGAGGAGCUCCUACGUGUUCUCGGCCCGUUCUAUGAGCUGAUUGAGGAGAAGAAAAAGAUCUCACAGAUAUCAGAUCUGAGCACAGGGUUUGGUACAAUGUUGAAUUCGGUCCAUUCGAAGAACGUCACGAAGAACAUCAUCAGAACGAUGGAAAUGAACGGCACUCUGGAGACUCGUCCUGCCAGGCUCAAAUCAAAGGAAGUGAGGGAGGGGUCAGAGGAAGAGGCACUAGAGGAGGAGGAGGAGGAUGACGACGAGGAGGAUGAGGAGGAGGAGGAGGAAGAAGAAGAAGAGGAAGAAGUGAUAAGGGAGGUCAGAAAAGACAAGAAAUCAGCAGCUUUACAGCCAAAGAAGAGGGGUUCAGCCAGGAGACACAAAGCGCCACUGUUGAACGGUAAAGUGGCUAACGGGGUCACCCAUCUGACUAAUGGGAGUCAGCAGGGUUCGGUCGGUGAGCCUGUGCUCAAUGGCCACCACACAGAUCCCAGUGUAGAUGUGAUUGGCCCCAGUCACCUGGCCAGCGACUCAGACAGCGAAGUCUACUGUGAUUCUGUGGACCAGUUCGGCCAAGAAGAGAGCUCAGAGCUUAACCGCUCUCUGGACGAUCUGGAUGAAGAGGAGAACCACGCCCUGCUUCCUCUAGAGGAGCCGCAGGCAACGCAGGAGCUCCAGGAGGACGGUCACGGUCCACCGCAAGUCAUCAAGUGUGGAGGGGAAGAUGGAGAGAACGGUGGUACAACGUCGCAGAAACAGAGACUGAACGCAGAUGGGCCAGACAGCUCUUUGGUCAGAAGAGGAAGAGGAAGAGGCUCCAGGUCUCCAGGCCCGGGCUCUGGAUCUCUGGUGCCCACGUACAGCGGUGGAGACGGGGACGGGGGGCGCUGGGGAGGAGCAGUGACACCUGGAGGGAGCCUGAACGAGCAGAUCGUCGUGGCGUUGGCUAGACUGCAGGAGGACAUGCAGAGCGUCCUGGAGAGACUGCACACCCUGGAGGCUCUCACUGCUAGCCAGACAAGAUCAAUGUCUCUGUCUCCAACUUAUGCACCACUUCCAGUGAAUAAGCGGACUCGGAAACCAUCCUGGUGGCCUUUUGACAUUUCUCCAACCAGUUUGGCCUUCGCUGUUAUAUGGCCAUUUGUGGUACAGUGGCUUAUUCGCCUAUACCUGCAGAGGAGGAGAAGACGAAUCAACUGAACCCGCUCUCACCCAAACAUCCAUGGGCAUAGACGAUAAAGAAGAGUCCUCUAAAUGUCUGGUUGGGUUGCUAAUGGCUGUAACUCCCCCCUGCUUAGACCCACAGCCCAGUAAUUUGCUUUUGCACUAUGAAGAAGGCACGUAGAGUAAUGAGUGAGAGGAAGAAACCUCUCAAGUGUGUUGUACUGUGGAUGUGGAAUCAAAUAGAAACAUGAAUGUAAGGGCUUGCAGCCUGCGAUUAUACAACCUUUUUCAUGAUACCACUGUACUGGAAUCUUUUUCUGUAACAAACGGUUUGUGUUGAGAGGGGAGUUGGGAUUGUUGUCAGCGUGUUUAUAAACCAAUCACAGUAGCUUCUCAAUUAUUUCCAGAACUAAGGCUUUACAGCAUAAAAAAUGCUUAGUGUGGUUAUACAUUUUCAAAAUUCACUUUCAUUAGUUGCCCAGGCAAUGCUGCUAUAAUAAAAUGUUGUAAUAACUGUAAUAGUUUAGAGGGAGGAUUGAAUGUAAUAAUAUAUUCAUAUGUGAGAUUCCUUUUCAAUUCUGAGGAUAAGUUAAUAUUUAUUGCUUUUAGCAACAGUUACAAUGAAGGCAUUGCAGGCCCAAUUUCAGCUGUACAAGUGAGGUUUAUGUUUAAAGUGACCGCUAAAUGUUGUGUAUAGGUUAGACAAAGUUCCCCAUCACCUGUCCUACUUUAUAUCAGUCUGUGCUUUACGUCCAGGUGGUUUGACUCGGGUCACUUCACUGUUGUCCAAAUAGAAGUGCCUCAACAUCAUAAGGUACAUUCAUACUGUGUACUAUAGGUGGCAUUAUUAUUUCUAACAUUCACAUAUUGUAGCAUAACUGAUCCAGUGCUGGACCAAAUAAUCAUUAAUCAUACUACCUAGUGAGCCAUGAGGUGGUCGCCUGUCUGAUUAUUAAUGCAUAACUCUUGUCACUGCCUGUGUUGUUUACGCGGUCACGUCUUUCUAUAUUGUAUCAUUUUAAUGUGUGAUGUAAUAAUGUUUGUAUGAAUAUUGUGGAAAGAAUUUGUGUGACUGAUAGUAAUCAUGAAUUGUUUGCAAAGCAGUGAGCAUCUAUACAAAUUGUAUAAAAUAGCUGUACAGUUCAGAUUAAAAUGCAGUAUUUUAAUUGCAUUCCCAUGAGUUAUUAAUAUAGAAUACUAUAUCAUAUUUACAAAGGUUUGCAUCUGCAAUAUCACUAAUCUUUCCAGAGCCAUUAUGUUUUAAUAAAAAAAAUGAAAAAAGGUUUACCUUUCUACUGAAAUGUACUAAGGCUUUCUCACCCUCUCUGCCUGUGGAUAGAGUGGUGUUUGCAUGUGAUAAUCUAAGCCUCAAAUAAAGUUUUCAUAAAGCA